CCACGUCGAGGAGUUAGCAUAUAGAUUGGCAGAAUGUUCGGAUUGGGACAACUUUUGGCGGUAGCCCUUCUUCUCAUUUUCUUGCCAUCGGGCUUGAGAGGCGCAACGACACGAACACACUUGGACACGAAGGCCAUCCGUCCGAGAUUCAAUGCGGAUCCCGGCAGGAUUAUCAAUGGAACAGAGGCCUCUCUGGGCGCAACUAGGCAUCAGGUGGGCAUUCGCAAGGCUCUCAACGAUGGCUACUUCUUUGGAACCGGGCACCUUUGCGGAGGAUCUCUCAUCCGGCCGGGAUGGGUACUCACCGCCGCCCAUUGCUUUGUGGAUCAGAUUAUUUACGACGGCACUUUCGUGCCCAAGGAGGAGUUCAUCGUGGUGAUGGGUAACCUGGAUCGCUACAAUCGCACCAACACGCUAACAUUCACGAUCGAAGAGCGCAUAAUGCAGCUGGAUAAGUUCGACCUUUCCACCUACGACAAGGACAUCGCCCUGCUGAUGCUGAAUGGUACUGUACCCACUGGACAUCCGACCAUUCGUCCAAUUGCCCUCAAUCGGUUUGCCAUACCGGAGGGCGUCGUCUGCCAGGUGACGGGCUGGGGCAAUACGGAGGAUGGCUAUGUCUCCGACAUCCUGAUGACCGUCGAUGUGCCGAUGAUCAGCGAGGAGCAUUGCAUCAAUGACAGCGACCUGGGCCACCUGAUUCAGCCGGGAAUGAUAUGUGCCGGUUAUUUGGAGGUGGGAGAAAAGGAUGCCUGCGCCGGCGAUUCCGGCGGACCAUUGGUGUGCCAAAGUGAAUUGGCCGGCGUGGUUUCCUGGGGCAUUCAAUGUGCCCUGCCCAGAUUACCGGGUGUGUACACAGAGGUGUCCUACUACUACGACUGGAUACUACAGAAUAUGGGCGAGAAUGGUGAAGGAAGUGGUGAAGAAAGUGGUGAGGGAAGUGGUGAGGGAAGUGGUGAGGGAAGUGGUGAAGGAAGUGGUGAAGGUAGUGGUGAUGACGGAAGUGGUGACGACGAAGAUGGAAGUGGUGAUGGUGGUGGUGCCAUGGCCGCCGUGGCCGGAAGUCUGACUCUUCUUCUGCCCGGAAUACUCGCUCUGAGACUAAUGGCUACGCAGUUCUAAAAAUAUUUGAAUAAAAACCUAUUUAACCUAAGAACU